AUGGGUAUUCCAAGAACCAUCAUCAACCAGCGUCGACCGCGACACUCCGUCACUUGCCCUAGCCUAGCAGAAACCACGCCCAAGCUCGGUGACAGCACACCACGGUCCGACUUAGACCGUUUAUUUGGCCUCGUCGAAGACGUAGGUGAGGUGGCACUUACCACAGUACUGGCGGUUGUGCAUAGCGGCCAUGAAGACACCGGCACCACACUAUAA